CGAUGUGAAAUAACCGCUGUACUAUCGUCAUCUUUAUCGCUUUGUAGUAACGUGAUCACAAAAUAACGUUACAUACAUCUACCUUUAACGCACAGACAUGAUAAUUCCGGGCACUUUUACCGAGUAUGACCAUAAUCGUUUUCAAACAGAUCAACUGAAGACUUCCGCCUCAUUCUUUGCGUCAUAUGGCUUUUCACCUAUCAAAAUGCAGGAUGCUCCGCGUGCAGCCAAUCAGAGAAGCCGUUAGUCAAGCAUUGCGACCGGUGAGUCCAGAAGGUUGAACAGGAGUGUGGAGGUUCUCUGGAGGAACUGUAAAUAUGCUCAGCUUGACAUUGAAAGAGGUCUCUGCAGCACUCAGGGAGGGAAGCGUUUCUCCAACUGAGCUGUGCAGGAAGUGUCUAAACCGCAUCAAGAAAACCAAACAUCUUAACCAUUAUAUUAGCGUGACAGAGGAGCUGGCACUCAAGCAAGCACGGGCGGCUGGAACCAGGCUGCAACAAGGUGCACCUAGAGGUCUGCUAGAUGGAGUGCCCUUCGCUGUCAAAGACAACUUUUGCACUGAGAACAUCAGGACCACGUGCGCGUCCAACAUGCUCAAAGAUUAUUUGCCUCCCUACAAUGCCACUGUGGUGCAGAAGCUCCUGGAUCAAGGGGCCGUUCUUCUGGGGAAGACCAACAUGGAUGAGUUCGCUAUGGGCUCUGGCAGUACAGACGGGACCUUCGGUCCGGUGCGAAACCCCUGGAGCGACGCUGCCCCCUACCGUGAGCAGACAGGGGCGGAGCCAGACUCAGACUGGGUCAUCACCGGAGGAAGUUCUGGAGGCAGCGCUGCAGCCGUCGCAUCUCUCACCAGCUUCUUUGCGUUAGGCUCCGACACAGGGGGUUCCACGCGGAACCCUGGAGCGCUGUGCGGCGUCCUGGCAUUAAAGCCGACCUACGGUCUGCUGUCCCGACACGGCCUCAUCCCUCUGGUCAACUCCAUGGACGUCCCUGGAAUUCUAACACGUAGUGCCGAUGAUGCCGCUCUUGUCCUAGAUGUUCUUCAAGGCCUCGAUGUCCGAGACUCCACCACUGUGUCUGCGCCAGCGUCACCUCCAGAGCUGCCUGAAGACUUUGACAUCAAAAACCUCUGCAUAGGCAUCCCAAAAGAGUACCACGCCCCAGGCCUGUCUGACGAGGUGCUGGAACAGUGGAGUCGAGUCGCCGACAUGCUGGAGAGGUCAGGGGCUCGGGUGAAGCAGGUGUCCCUCCCCCACACGCCCUACUCCAUCGUGUGCUACCACGUCCUGUGCUGCGCUGAGGUGGCAUCAAACAUGGCCCGCUUUGACGGGCUGGAGUACGGCCACCGCAGCACUGUGGACUCUUCAACUGACGCCAUGUACGCUGCCUCCAGACAUGAGGGCUUCAAUGACGUGGUGAGAGGCAGAAUUCUAACUGGAAACUACUUUCUGCUCAGACAGAACUACGAGCAUUACUUUGUGAAAGCCCAGAAGGUUCGCCGGCUGAUCGCGCAAGAUUUUGAGCGCGUGUUCGACUCCGGUGUGGAUGUGCUGCUGACGCCCACCACUCUGACUGACGCUGCUCGCUACUCAGACUUCACACAGGAAGACAACCGCACACGCAGCACCCAGGAGGACGUGUUCACCCAGCCCGCCAACAUGGCAGGUCUCCCUGCUGUUUCCGUGCCAACCGCUUUAUCAAAACGAGGCCUUCCCAUUGGCUUACAGUUGCUUGGUCCCGCCUUCCAGGACAAGAGGCUGCUGAGUGUGGCCCGCUGGAUCCAACAGAGGGUCGGCUUUCCCACUAUCAGUCACUUUGAAGAACCCAGCGAGGACCGGUGUGACCCCAGAGCACCCAAACACACUUCGGCUCUUGGAGGAACCAGUGGACACGAGGAAAUAAGGAGACUAUAAAUACACAAUGAGACAAUGAGCCUUUGUCUGUGUUUGUGGGGCCAUUUCAGGGAAUGAUCCCCGCUGACAUGUUCUGUGAGGGGCCUUCAAACACCACCAGGGAGUGCUCCCUCUGGAGAAGGUUAGGUCUGGUGACAAUCAAUAAAAAAAGUUGAAGAUGGAACAAAGUUCCAAAAUAUAAGACGGAUUGUGAAGGUCACGCAAAAGCACACCCGUGGUGUCCACUGGCCCAUGCAGGAGUGAAGAACUGUUGACCAGAGGUGAGCCAGUGAGAUUGCGUAAUCCUGAACCUGCACCUGCGAGGGAGUGUAUAUUGGUCUCACUGUUAUCUGGGUCUGACUGUGCCUGUCUUCCACUGAGCUGGGAGACCUAGAUUAGGGAUGUGGUUGCCCUGCAGACAGAAACAGAAGUACUUUGUCAGUACCAGCUUCAGCAUCACUUUAAACUGUGGUGAUGAAACAAACCUGCAGAGUGGAGCUCAUGGUUUGUUUUGGCCCUUUGAAUGGCAGAAAAGAUAUUUGGCCUCAGUGAAAAUGAAAUCAUCCUGAACCUUAAUGCAGGGUAAUUUUAGAUUCCUGUGAUUAAAAUAACACCAAACUUCGAUGUCAACUUCUAUUGCGGGACAUUUAAAGUGGAUUAAAUCCCAGCAGGACUGGUUUAGACGGAUGAAAGUGGGAUUACAGGGCUGCUCCUGCCCUAUGACCUCGUCUCUGUAAAUGCAAUGCCUCUAGCUUUAUGUUUGUCUUGUUAAUUUGGUCAUUCAGUAAGUUUAGAGUUGCUUUUUAAAAUCUGUUUUGCUUCACCUCAGCGUCUGUUUCGCUGCUCUGGGUCAGGUGCUGGUUCUGCUGAUCCACCAGACCAGGACAUCUCCCAGUGGCCCCUGACACUCCAUACAGCUGCCCUUCCCUCCAUUGUUUGAGUACAAGUCUCCUUUGUAGCCAUAACCAACAGCUGACUGGCCGACUUCUUCAGGUCACCCCAGCAGAGUGGAGAAGUUGAAUCAAUGGUUGGUCAAGGGCUACAACUGCAGAUCUUUUCUCCUCCCAUGGCAAGGAAAGGACCGUCUUUACAGCCACUCCCUAACAUAUGCUCCAUGUUUGGGUCCUCAGCUGGGAAGUCCAGUUACGGAGAGCUUCUGAGACCAUGGCCAAAGUCAUCUAUUUGUGUCACUUUUGAGCUAGUUUGGUGUGAUGAGUGACAUAUGUUUUUUUUUUUUUUUGGAUGAGAAGGCAGAAAUGCUGGCUCUCCAAAGGAGAAUUGGCCGGAGCCGCAUGAACAUGUGCCACACCUAAAGCAUGGGAUUAGUGACACAGUGUGUCCUGACAGGUGAAGAGAUUGCCUGAGGUUAGCUUCUGCUGCUUGUUUAGCUUUCCCGCAGAUUAACUUUCAGGUUGGGGAGUUAAGUUCUCUUCAAACUUUUGACUGAGCCUCACUGCGGACGCUGCACCAGGAGAAUGGAGGGAUGUCCCUGAGCCAGAGUGGAGUUGACAUUAACCGUACCAUUCCAAUGCAGAUCUACAUAUGGUGUUAGAGCGAUAAGUCAAAGGGAACAACUCUGUCAGGCGAGUCAGGGACCAAAACCUGCCAACAGAUGCAUCCCUUCUUCCUCCUCCUCCCA